AUGCAAUCCUAUACUACAAUUGUUAUUCUAAUAGUCUGUUUUGGAUGUUUGUUGGCAGCAAAUGCACAAAUGACAUUUUCUGAUGGAUGGGGCAAACGUUCAGUACCUUCAACAUUUGCUUUACGUUCACCUACAAAACGUCACCCACCUCCAGAUUUUGUUCCGCUAACUGGAGCACGAGGGCCAGUCAACGAGUUUUUUGCGGGUGGAGAAGAGGAUGCAAUGAACCCAGCUAUGGAAGCCUGUCAUGUUGGUUAUGCCCAACGGUUGGUUCAAUUGCAUGAACAAAUGCUGUCUCUGUAUGACACAUACCAACAAUGUCAAGUUAAAGCAAUGGGGACACAAACAAAGGUAUAUAAAAUAUUUUGA